ACGAGGAAAAAGUGUCGGAGUGGAUCAGGAUUCAAGUAAAUAACAGCAAUAAACAGUGACAGCAGAGCAAAACAGGGAAGUACAUUUACUCUUCGCCUCUUCCCUGCGUACUUCUAUCAACAUUUGAGCAGCGGGCUGGCGAGUUCAUGCUCUUAGAGCUGGCGGAGCUGCAAUGAACAGCGUGGAAUAGAGAGAGUGUGGGCUGCACUCUGUCCAUUGUGUUGAUAGAAGAAGAAGAUGGGUCAUCCUCCUCUGGAGUUCAGUGACUGCUAUCUGGACAGUCCCGAGUUCAGAGAGGCGCUCAAGUGUUAUGAACAGGAGCUGGAGAGGACGAGCAAGUGCCUGAAGGAGUUGAUAAAGGACGGCAACAGUGUGAUAACUGCCAUCAGAGGUUAUUCUCUGGCCGUGCAGAAGUUCUCCCAGACUCUCAGUGCGUUCCAGUUCGACUUCAUCGGGGACUGUCUGACCGAUGAUGAAAUAAACAUCGCUCAGUCGUUCCAGGAGUUCGCUGGACUGUUGCAGGAAGUGGAGCACGACAGGAUGAUGUUGGUUGAGAAUGCCUCAGAUCUGCUCAUCAAACCUCUGGAGAAGUUUAGAAAGGAACAAAUCAGUGUAACGAAAGAGAAAAAGAAGAGGUUUGACAAAGAGAGUGAAAAGUAUUACUCCCUGGUGGACAAACACUUGAGUCUGUCCUCCAAGAAGAAGGAGAGUCAACUUCAGGAGGCUGAUGAUCUCCUUGACAAGGAGAGAGUGAACUUCUAUGAGUCAUCGGUGGAGUACGUCUAUCAGAUCCACCAGGUCCAGGACAGGAAGAAGUUUGAUGUGGUGGAGCCUGUGCUGGCGUUCCUUCACAGCAUUCUAACCCUCAACAACCUGACCGUGGAGAUGACUCAGGACUUCAUGCCGUACAAACAAGAGCUGCAGCUCAGCCUGCAGAACACAAGGAACCACUACGAGAGCACUCGAGAGCAGAUGGAGGACCUGAUGAAGAGAAUGAAACAUCCCUCCCAGAUCAGCAAAAUACAGACCCUGAUGCCGAUGGAAGGAUACCUCUUCUGCCAGGAGAAGUGGGCGUUAGGUGUGUCAUGGGUGAAAUACUACUGCAGGUAUCACAAAGAGGGAAGACAGCUCUUCAUGGCUCCAUGUGAACAGAAACCCACGACCAAGCAGGGUACCACGCAACUGACUCUGAAGUCGUGCAUCCGCCGCAAGACUGAAUCCAUCGACAAGCGCUUCUGCUUUGACGUAGAGACACAUGAGAGAAACGCACCCGUCACUUUCCAGGCUCUUUCGGAGGGAGACAGAAAGUUGUGGAUGGAGGCCAUGGAUGGAAAAGAGCCUAUCUACCAUUCUCCGAUUCACAAGCAGGCUGAAAUGGAACUAAAUGAAGUCGGCUUCAAAUUUGUGAGGAAGUGUAUCAACUUCAUUGAAACCAAAGGAGUGACACAAGAAGGGGUGUACCGAACAGUUGGCAGCAACAUCCAAGUGCAGAAGCUCUUAAAUGCCUUCUUUGAUCCUACAAAUCCUGGAGAUGCGGAUCUUAACAGCAACGACUGGGACGUUAAAACCAUCACAAGCGCACUGAAGUUUUAUUUAAGGAGUCUGUCUGAGCCCCUCAUGACCUACAUCAUCCACCCAGAGCUAAUGCGCGCUGCAAAGUCGGAUAACUUGGACUUCCGGUCAUCAGAAAUCCACUCACUCACCCACAAACUUCCUGAGAAGAACUGUGAGAUGCUGGAGAUGAUCAUUAAACACUUGGUCACUGUUUGCAGCCACAGUGAAGAAAAUCGAAUGAUUCCGUCCAACAUGGCCGUGGUGUUUGGACCGACACUGAUGAGAGCUCGGGAGGAAACUGUGGCAGCCAUGUUGGACAUCAAGUUCCAAAAUAUUGUUGUGGAGAUUCUAAUCGAGGACUACAAAAAGAUCUUCAGUAACGUGCCAGAGGACAGCGCCGCCCCUCCGCUGCCUCCUCCGCGCAUCACCCCAAGGAAGCGGCAGCCCAUCACCAUCUCCAAGCGGCCACCUCGUGCUAUUCAACCGCUUAGUCACGACAACUUUCGGCACACUGAGAGUGAGCUAAUGGACAGCUCUCCCGUGGAGGGCGAAGCUCCCAUCAGUCCAGUUCCACUGCAGCGGCGAGGAGCGGUCACCUCCCCUCCGCCGGUCCCUAGGGAUCCUCCUCCCAGACAAGCUCUGCUGCCCAGGACGCCCAGCAGACUGGCCGACAGCAGCAAACAAAAAGCUGAGUCUUCAUUGGCCAAUGGGGAGUCUGGAGUCUACGUGAGCAGAGUGCCGUCGUUCCAGGCCAGACGGGUUCCUCCUAAAGUAGCCCCGCCAACCAGAGAAGGAGACAAGCCUAGGCACAUAGAGAAGCCAGCCAUUUGCCGGCCCCCAGUAAGGCCCCCUGAGCCCCCGUCCAGAUACCAAGCCGCACAAAAGAGUCCAAAUCCGUCCAGCAGCGACGGCUCAUCAACGUCCUAUGUUGCCUCCAAGACCAGGUUUUUCGAGAAUGCUUCAAGAGCGAGUCCGCAGGUCUCCCCUCCGGCACCGGCGGCGGCCAAUGUGAAGAAAGAGGUGGGAUGCUGUGAGCGCGAUGGUCUCUGAUGUGAAUGUCACACCAGCUUUCUUGUCACUUCCCAGAAUCCAGGUUAGCCGCGCCCGGACUAUAACUUGUGACUGCUCCACGUGCUCCUAGGUUCUCGCCUGGAUCCAUGGCCUCGGCGUCUUAGCCGGAUUCCAUCUGAUCUGUUUAGAUAAAUUAAGCAACUUAUCUCUGGUUUGGCUGAAAGGAUUCUUUCAGUGGCACUUGGUUUUGAGUGGAUCUGAUAUUUAGGGAGACAAAGCAGCAAAUUGACUCAUGAAUGUGCCCAGUGUGUGAACGUCCCAAAGCUGUGUGAAAGUGGCUCUUGUUUCCCUCCAUUUUGUCCAGUUUAUCACUGCAUGAUUUGUAGUUAGCUGACGUGUUGACAUCAACUCAAUAAAACAGUUUAGCUGAUGACAUCCAAAACUGCCAUUGGAAAAUGUGUCAGUUGAAUUACCGUUGCUAGCAACAUUAGCAUACAUUAGCCAUUAGCCAACAUGGAGUGUGUUGUUCCAAACAUAAUACAAUGUUAAAAUCUCAACAAACGCUCAGUUAAAUAAUUGAAGUGUGUACUGAAAUAUACAGUAGCUGGUUAUCUCCAUUUUAUCAUCAUUUUAUUAAAUUGUCACUGUUACAUCCAGAUUUCUUAAUACCUGUCAUCUAAAGCCUAAUGCAAAUAUUGAUUUAUGAAAUUAUUGAUUUAUGAUACUGUCACUGUGUCUUUAAUACCAAAUGUUUAUAUAUAUAUAUAUCGGUCAAAAGAACACCCCCAACUUUUCCACUCGCAUGUCAAAGCAUAGUACAAAUAAGCAAUUGGAAUCAAAAAAGACAUGAUGGAAUCAAUUUAUAGACCAAAAUGUUUUAGAAACUGUUGACUCAUCUCAUUCUUUUUUUUGUUUAUGAAAAUACAAGAACAGUGGACACAUUUUUCUAUCUUUUCAAAUUGUCUGAAGUCAUUGCUGAGAUUGCAGCCUUCCAUGAUGGUAAUUUUGCCAUGUUUUACAGGUUGGAUCAGCUGCACGGUCCAAGACAAAUAAUAACUCAGAGUCAACAGUUAUUUUCUUAAAAAUGUUCUUCCUCUGAAGGCAAAAUGUCAGUAUUAACUCCAAUCACUCUUCGGUUGACAUGACAAAUUGAUGUUCUAAUUAUUUGCGUUAACACUUUAGCACUAUUCAUUUGUGUCGGGCAGCAAUACGACACAACUAUGAUAAGAAGUGUCAUGAUAACGUCAAUAUGUCACCGCGUCUAUGUUGAUAAGUUGUUAGAAUACUAGAAUGAAUAGACUUAUGAGUAGCAGCUAAUCUGAUUUGUGGAACACACCUGCUGGUGUCUGUGUGUGAAACCAGCAGUGGCAUUAUGUUAACUGCUGUUCUUGGGGGUGAUGUUUCCAGUGUCAAGUUCAAUUGAUCUUUUUGUAAGUUGGUUUUCAGAUACAAAAUCAGCCUUGUGACUAAGCAGGAAACUGGAUUUGAACUAUUUUAAACAGUCCUUAUGGUAAGUACUUAGCAACACUCCACUGAGGAUAUGUUAUGGAAACAGGAUUUUCUGCUUGUCUGUUGCUUAUGUGUGUCGACUUUAGGUCGAGAGUCGUUUGUAUGUUUGUGUUUACAGGAUGUUUCAGUUAGUUCUGUGUGUAACACUCCAUUGUAUGAAUUGAUCUUAAAUGUUGUGAAUUUAAAAAAAAAAAAGACUACCUGUUUUUUUGUGCGGAAAUAAAUAGUUCUCAACAUGACAUUUCAAACGUGUUGUUCCUGUUUGGUUUCGUUUCUCUAAACACCUCGUAGUCAUUGGCAGCUUUGACUUUACAUUAACCUACUGCUAGAGUUUGACUUGCCAGGUAGAGAUUGAAAAAACCUGAAUUUUCACAUUCGUCUCUGAGGGACAUUCCGGGCUCUCCAUGUCACCUGCUGGAGCUUUGAAUACGAGCAAUUGACUGAAAAUUACAUUUAAGUUUCAUAAGUGUAUUAAUUUUUCCAUAUUGUUCAAUCUUUUUUGAUUAAAGUGCUUGAUUCCCACACAUCUGUAAUGAAAACUACAGUUACUUAAACAGUUUCACGAAGCAAAUAAAAUUUUAAGUGCUAAAAAAAAAAAACUGUCAAACACGAGUGUUAGGGUGAGAAAUGGGACACAGCCUAAAUGUACUCCAUGUUAGAUGUUCGAUAAGAGCUCACUCCUGCGAGCGGAAUGGAAUUCAUGUUAUAUUUUCUGCUGGCACUUUUUCCAGUCUUCACUGUCAGCAGUCAGAUUCAGAGCAUGGAAACCUCUGGGGGUUUAAUAAAGAACCGAGGUGACAUUGAACAGAAACCGGUCCAAUGAAUGCUAU